AUGCAAUCGGGACCAGGCUCAUUGCAGUUCUUCAUGAUGCAACUCACGGUAGUGUUACUCUUACUGGGCGCUGUAACGGCCCUGUACCAGGCCGUGACGUACGGACAAACUCCGAACCUUAGCCUGAGCACCAGAGAGUUCGUCAAGAAAGAGUGUGACGGUGUGAAAUCGUUCAUCUGUGACUCGUGCACCUCCCGAAGGCCGUGCAUCGGUGGUGUGGAAGUUAACGCCACCAUUAACUGCGGUGCCGGUCUGUACUGCGUCGAAAGCACCUCCUCCGACCGGUGCGGCCCCACACCGUCUGCUGUUUGCCUUCAGUCAACGGCCAGCACCUCGUUCACGUGCAGCGCCACCGGAGUCCUGCCUGAUCCCAACAACUGUAACAACUACCAUGUCUGUCUGGCCGUUGGGGAAGCUUCCAGCAUCUACAACUGUCCGCCGGGAUACGUCUUCAGCAUUGCGUCAGCUGGCUGCAACCGUCAGGUGUCGGCGGCCAAUUGUGUGACCGUAACGUGCCCGGCCGGUGAACCCGGUUAUGUCCUUUACGGCACCACUCGCCAGUACUACGUCAUAUGCGAUGGCACGAAUCGCCCUACGCAGGUCCUGAAGUGCCCGAACCAGUCCUUCUUUACGUACUUCACGGGGAGCACCCGGUUCGGCGAGUGCGUCUAUACGUGCUCCGGGCAGGGGAACUAUCCGAACAGCAACAAUCCCAGCAGCUACUUCCAGUGCUAUCUGCUGAAUGGCCGAAUCGUCUACACCGAGGUGGACUGUCCGCAAAAUACGGUGUUCAAUCAAACCCUGCGGUACUGCGUGAGGGCUCAGUAAAGGAGC